GGGCGAUUUAGACAUCCGCAGCCCCGCAUCGUCCGGGAGCCCAGGACGACGACGGCUGGCCGCCACCGAUGCUAUAUUGUCAGGGUCAGACGCGGAUAUAGGCAGCGAUGGUAUAAUGCUGUGUGGAGGACGGGGACAGAGACUGCCCGUCGCUUAGUCGCAGUUUCCCACCAUCUUGCACCACAGUCGCCUCGUUUAUGCCAUCUUCGUAUGGUGUUCGUGCCGUUGUCUGUUCCAUCGACCCCCGCUUCCACCCGGACCCUUUCCAGAGAUAUAGACACGAUUUCUACCCAGGCCCGCUGUAUAAACGCCAGGUGUAGCAGUGCCGACUCGCAUCGAUUCUGCCCGUGCUUUGUCAGUUCCCAAAGCCCAGCUCCACACCCGCCAUGGCAAAACCACCCCGCACCAGAGCCGCCUCCAGUACCGCAACCCCCUCGAGGUUACGCAGCCAAGAGCCGAAACAGAGCGGGGAAAGGAGAGAUCGGGGCCGCUGUGUUGCAACCAUCCAGUCGAUUGGGCGAUGAUACCCCGCUUCGUGACGAGACCGCCGAUCAUCAGUAUAUCAGGCAGAGCUGCUCAUCCGCUCAAUCAUCGGCAACCGCACGCCGUUGAUCUCUUGAAGGAAGAGAAAGCUGGGCUGCAAACAAAACACUGCAAACAAUAAUGACUCCUACACGCACAACGGAAAACAAGCCGGCCCCAGACGCGGUCGCCGGCUCCAAGAGCUCCGACCUGCCGAGCCGGCCCAAGGACGCGUCGGUCCUCACGGCCAGGGACAGGGACGAGCUCGCCUUCACCGACAAGUUCGGCUCUCCCGACGUCUACAUCGACGGGAAGAAGGACACGCUCUGGCACCCGUGGAUCGGCACGCUCGAGCUCAGGCCGCUCCGGUUCGAGACGCGGUCGGGCACCUUCGUCAUCGGCCUCCGGACGCCCGUCGACUGCUGGCUGGGCAAGCACCGGCACCGGGGCACCGUGACGGCCGUGACUGUGGCCGGCCAGUGGCGGUACAAGGAAUACGAUUGGGUGGCCAGCGUUGGCGAUUACGUGGUGGAGAACCCGGGCACGAUCCACACCCUCUUCAUGAGCGCCGGUGCCGAGGUCGUCUUCACCAUCACAGGGAGUCUCGAGUUCUUCAACGACGACGACAGCCUGCGCGAAACCAUGGACUGCUUCAGCUUCGCGAAGCGUUACCACGAUCACUGUAAGGAGAAUGGCAUUGAGCCCAACGCCAAGCUAUGGUAUUAGGCACUUUUGAGGUCGGACGCACUCGGGGCAUUUUGCGAAAAUUGGACAGGGUUGGGGAAUCGGUGGCAAGGCCUUUGCGUGCCCAUGUUAUGGAAUGUCAGCGAACAGGUGGUAUUAUUUUAUAAGGUGGUUUUAGGGUGGUGUGAGGAUGGUUUGAGGGUGGUUGGUUCUGGACUCCCGUUUUUCCAAUCGAUCUAAUAAGUAUAUAUCAAGACAAAACCCAGCCUCGGCCGACUUCCAAGGCCGCGACUCCUGGUCGGUUGGUAAUAUUCCGGGAAUUUCCCUGACGUGGCCGAGACAGACCGCACGUCGCGCCACAAAACGAAGCCUCGCAACCCAAGGAGGAGCAGCAUCCCAUCCAUCCCUCGCACCCGGCCCCAGGAACG